AAAGGAAACACAGCCGAAUAAGAAGAAGAAAACACGGCCGAAAAGCUAGCUACCCACACCCGCCCCCUUCCCGUCUCCCCCCUUCCUCAAGCUCGAUGGACCACGUGAGGGCGAUGGAGGAGCAGAUCGCGAUGCAGCGGAUCCAGAAGAAGCUGGAGGAGGUGAACGCCGCCGCCCAGCAGCACCUCGCCGGCGUGCAGGACCAUGUCAACUUCACUUUGCAGAAAGCCUACUUCCAGUGUGCAUAUGAGUGCUUUGAUAGGCGACAAAACCAAGAAGCGAUCGGCAGCUGCGUAGAGAACUGUAGUGUGCCUGUUCUUUCUGCCAACCAUGUUCUUCAGGAUGAGAUGGCUAAGUUCCAGGAAAGGAUGAAUCGUUCUUUGGUGGUCUGCCAAGACAGAUUUGAAGCAGCAAAGCUCCAGAAGAUGAAAACAGAUGCAUCUCAGGAGUUCGAAUCCUGUGUGAACAGGUCUGUCGAGGACAGCAUCAGGGUCCUGCCCCAUGUGGUUGAGCAGAUCAAGUCUACCCUUGCCCAGCACUACAUCCGCCUCCUCUCAGCCGCCGGCUUCUCGUCUCCCUCCUCCCUCCGCGCGCUCCUCCCCAUCCACGCCCGCGCCGUCCUCCUCGGCAUCGCCACCAACCCGGCCUUCGCCACCAGGCUCCUCGCCGCGGCCGCCCCGUGCUCCCUCGCCUACGCCCGCAGGGUGUUCGACGCCGCGCCGCGCCGCGAUGCCUACAUGUGGAACACCCUCCUCCGCGCCCACGCCCACUCCCACUCCCACUCGUCCGCCUCCGACGCCCUCUCGCUCUACACGCGGAUGCGCGCCGCGGGCGUCGUGCCGGACUACUACACCUACCCCAUCGUGCUCCCGGCGUGCGCGGCGGCGCGCGCCCCGCGGCUCGGGCGGGCCGCGCACGGCGACGCGCUGAGGUUCGCGCUCGCGGGGGACGCGUUCGUGCACAGCGCGCUCAUCGCCAUGUACUGCCAGGAGGGAGAGGUGGCGGACGCCCGGCAGGCGUUCUUGGAAAGUGGCCGUGCCCGCACGGUCGUGGCCUGGACGGCCAUGGUCGCCGGCUACGUGCAGAACUGCUUGUUCGCCCAGGGGGCAGCGGUGUUCGCUGCGAUGGUUGCCGAGGGCGUGCUUCCCAACGAGAUCACUCUCAUCAGCUUCCUGCCCUGCCUGCAGGGGCAAGAAUGGCUCGCUGCCGGGGAGAUGGUUCACGGGUUCGUGGUCAAGCUGGGGUUCGAUGCAAAUGCCCCGCUGGUGAAUGCACUCAUCGCAAUGUAUGGGAAGUGCAAGAGCAUCGCGUCGGCAGAGGAGUUGUUCGACGGAAUGACCACACGUACCGUGGCAUCCUGGAACACGAUGAUUGCCAUGCAUGAGCAGAACGGUGAGGGGAUUAAGGCGAUCAAGUUCUUCCGCAGGAUGCUUACUGAGAAGGUGGGGUUUGACACCGUCACUCUUGUCAGCGUGCUGUCUGCUUGCACGCGCUCAGGAGCCCUUGAGACAGGAAAGUGGGUGCAUGAGCUCGCUAGGAAUCACGGGCUCGAUGCUGAUGCGAGGAUCGGCAAUGUUCUUGUGGAUAUGUAUGCAAAAUGUGGUGAUCUUGCUUACGCAAGAGUGGCUUUCGAUGGUCUGCGUUCGCCGGGCGUCGUGCCAUGGAGUGCCAUGAUCAGUGCAUAUGCCAACCAUGGUGAGCCUGAAGAGGCUCUCAAUUUAUUCUCCCGGAUGAAAGGCCAAGGGGUGAAGCCUAAUUCCUUCACAUUCACCGCGGUUCUGGUGGCAUGUGCCUACUCGGGCCUCGUUGACGAAGGACUGGCACAUUUCAACAGCAUUGUCAGAGAAUACCGUAUCUCACCAACGCUUGAGAACUAUGCCUGCAUGGUUGAUAUGCUGGGACGUGCCGGUAGACUUGUGGAAGCAUAUGAAAUCAUUAGGGGGAUGUCGAUGCAGCCAGACAAGUGCAUCUGGGGUGCAUUCCUUGGUGGCUGCAGGCUUCAUGGCAACCUGGAGCUGGCUGAAUUUGUCGCCAAGGAUCUCUUCCAGUCAGGAUCUCACGAUGUCACGUUCUAUGUCUUGAUGGCGAACAUGUACUUUGAAGCCGGAAUGGUAGAAGAUGCAGAAAGGAUGAGGAGGACCAUGGAGGAGAUGGAACUCAAGAAAACAGCUGGGCGUAGUUUAGUCUGUACCAGUAGAGAAAGAAGAGCCAUCAUGAGGUAGCAAACUGGAUGCUGGUUUUAGGU